GCGGCGACGGGGAGCGGGAGUCGCCGGUAGCGCGGGCGCCCCGGCGGGCGGGCGGCCCCUCGAGCGAGACUGAGGGUGGAUGGAGCCACAAAGGAGUUUGGCUGACACGUGCGGCGGGGCGGCCGGCGGCCGCGGCUAGGGCCACCCCCCUCCCCUCCCUCCUCCCCUCCUCGCUAUGCUGCGCUCUCGCCGGGCCCCUCAGCGCGCUCGACGCACGGCGGCGAUGGAGCCGGCCGGGCUCCUCUGAGGCCGCCGCCGGACUCAGCAUGGCCUCGGCGGGGACCCCGGAGCAGCGGCUCUCCGGGGCGGAGCGGCCGGCGGCGGCGGCGGGGGGCCGGGCGGAGGCGCCGCGGUGCCGCAGUCUGCCCGCGCUCGGCUCCCCCCUGGCGGCCGGGGGGGGCGGCGGCGGCGGCGGCCCGCCGAGCCCCGCCGCGGGACCGGCUCCCGAGGCCGAGCGGGGCGAGGGCGCCGCUGCCGUCGCCGAGGCUGCCCGGCCCCCCUCCGCCGCCAGCGGCAGCGGGAGCUUCCCCUGGAGGACGGAGGGCGGCCAGCCGGCGGCGCCCGGCCGAGGGGUAUCCCUGGGCCCCCCGCUGCUGCUGCCACCGCCGCCGCCGGCGCUGCUGCUGGCGGGCCCCCCGGGCAGAGCGUGCCUGCGGACAGUGCUGGCGGACUCGCGCUUCUUCCUGGUGUGCAUGUGCUUCCUGACCUUCAUCCAGUCCCUCAUGGUCUCCGGCUACCUGAGCAGCGUCAUCACCACCAUCGAGCGGAGAUACAGUCUGAAGAGCUCGGAGUCGGGGCUGCUGGUCAGCUGCUUCGACAUCGGGAGCCUGGUGGUGGUGGUCUUCAUCAGCUACUUCGGGGGUCGCGGGCGGAGGCCGCUCUGGCUGGCCGUAGGGGGGCUUUUCAUCGCCCUGGGCGCUGCGCUCUUCUCCUUACCUCACUUCAUCUCUCCGCCGUACCAGAUCCAGGAACUGAACUCCUCCGUCAGUAACGAGGGCUUGUGCGUGGCCGGCAAUGGCACUGCCAAAGAGCAGUGGGACUCGUCGGCCUGCAUCAAGGACACCGGUGGAAAUGACCACUCUCUCUAUGUAGCUUUAUUCAUUUGUGCCCAAAUCCUCAUUGGCAUGGGCUCGACACCCAUCUAUACCUUGGGACCAACCUACUUAGAUGACAAUGUCAAGAAAGAAAACGCCUCGCUGUACCUAGCCAUCAUGUACGUAAUGGGAGCACUUGGACCUGCAGCUGGAUACUUAUUAGGAGGACUUCUUAUUGGUUUCUACGUUGAUCCUAGGACAACUGUGUAUAUUGACCAGAGCGAUCCCCGAUUCAUUGGAAACUGGUGGAGUGGAUUUCUCCUUUGUGCCAUUGCAAUGCUCCUUGUGAUAUUUCCCAUGUUUACCUUUCCGAAAAAGCUCCCUCCUCGACAUAAAAAAAAGAAAAAAAAGAUGAAUUCUGAUGAUGUUUCAAGUGAUGAUGACGUGAUGAAGGAGAAAACAAGUAGCAAAACAGAAACAGACAGUUCAGUUUCUGCCUCUAUGGGAUUUGGAGAGAAUGUUAAAGAGCUUCCAAGAGCAGCUGUCAGGAUCUUAAGCAACAUGACAUUCCUUUUUGUGAGUUUGUCAUACACAGCUGAGAGUGCCAUUGUCACAGCUUUUAUUACCUUCAUUCCCAAGUUCAUCGAGUCACAGUUUGGCAUCCCAGCUUCCAAUGCCAGCAUCUACACUGGUGUGAUUAUUGUCCCAAGUGCUGGUGUUGGUAUUGUCCUAGGUGGCUACAUUAUAAAAAAGCUGAAACUCGGUGCAAGAGAGUCUGCAAAGUUGGCUAUGAUCUGCAGUGGUGUCUCUCUGCUGUGCUUUUCAACACUCUUCAUUGUUGGAUGUGAAAGCAUUAAUCUAGGGGGAAUAAAUAUACCCUACACAACUGGUCCCACUCUUGCCAUGGCCCACAGGAAUCUGACUGGAAGCUGUAAUGUUAACUGUGGAUGUAAGAUUCAUGAGUACGAGCCUGUCUGUGGAUCAGAUGGAAUAACCUAUUUUAAUCCUUGCCUAGCUGGCUGCAUCAGUGGUGGAAACCACAGCACAGGGGUCAGAAAUUACACAGAAUGUGCCUGUGUGCAGAGUCGCCAGGUGAUCACUCCACCGACAGUGGGCCAGCGCAGUCAGCUCCGGCUGGUGAUUGUCAAAACCUACCUGAAUGAGAACGGCUACGCGGUGUCUGGGAAGUGUGAUCGAACCUGCAACACGCUCAUCCCAUUCCUCGUAUUUCUCUUCAUUGUAACCCUUAUAACAGCAUGUGCCCAGCCAUCAGCAGUCAUAGUGACACUCAGGUCUGUGGAAGAUGGAGAGCGGCCCUUUGCACUAGGAAUGCAGUUUGUUUUAUUAAGAACUCUUGCUUACAUUCCCACUCCAAUUUAUUUUGGGGCUGUUAUUGACACCACGUGCAUGCUUUGGCAACAGGAUUGCGGAGUACAAGGAUCUUGCUGGGAAUACGAUGUCACCUCGUUUCGUUUUGUCUACUUUGGGUUGGCAGCUGCUCUCAAGUUUGUGGGAUUCUUUUUUAUUUUCCUGGCCUGGUAUUCCAUAAAGUGUAAAGAAGAACAACUGCAGAGACAGAGUUGGAGGGCUUCGCCGGUGAGCACUGUGAGUGAGAUGGUUGGACAAGCUGGACCCCAACAAAACUAUGCACGGACUAGAUCCUGCCCCACCUUCAGUUCCCAAGGAGACACCAGUGUAGCACAAGGAAUGAACUGCAUAGCACAGACCUACCCCGGCCCUUUUUCAGAAGCAAUAAAUUCCUCAAAAGAAAAUGCAUUGGAAGAAGUCACUGUUGAGAUAUAGACCCCUGGCUUGGUAAUGUAAUACUUAGUUUUGUUGGUUGACUUAAUUACGGCGCCUUGUAAAACACCUGUGCCUUCUAUUUUUAAUCUAAAUGUAACAUGUGAUAAAACCAACAAAGCUUGAUGCAAACAACCAUAAUAUGUUCCUGAGGGCUGGAUACCUCAAACCAACCCGAGUUCUUAUUUCUCCCCUCCUGACAAUGGAGUUUUAAAAAUUGUGUUUGUAAUUAUUUCAGAUGUGUCCAUGAAAUGUCCAUGCUCUGAUCUAAUACCAUUGUAAAGUUGAGGUGUUAUGAACAGCAGAAGUCAGUGGAAGAGUGACAAAAACUCAUAUUGUUGAUGUCUAGACUCAGAAAAAUGCUUAAAUGUAUUGUCAACUUCAUAUCCUCAAAUUGUAUUUUUAAGAGAUGAGUAAUUACUGUGAGUUCUGCUACAAAGCACAACCGAACUUAUUUAAACUAUGCAACUUACUUGGAUAAUUGUAUGUGCAGCAAAUUAAGUUUAAAGCUUGCUUUUAAAGACAUUACUGCAACUGAAUUUGAAAGGGGCUAUUUUCAGGCAUAAUCAUUAAAUUAAAAAAUAACAUAAGGUUUAAAGUACUGUUAAUAACAUGUCAAGCCAUACAAGAGUUAUGCAUCAGGUAGUGUUUGCAAAUGUUGAGUUGUAACAUCUUUAUCCUGUCAAAAUGUGCAUUAAUUUUCACUUGAUGGGAUGUAGUAAUUCUUUACAAAGUAUAUAGGAUACUGUAAUGCUUGAAGUAAAAAACUUCAGUAUUGGUUUAUAGUAACAUUAAGAUGUAGGAAUCAUACAGACAUACCAGAGUAGAUAUGUGCAUAUUUCUGUGAUGUUAUUUGGAUGGCUGUUAAUAGCACCAAAUCCAUACUUUCCUGAAGAAGAAAACAGCUGGUUAUAGCUUGAUAGGAAGUUUGGCUGUCCUUCCAUGCCAGUCUAGUUCAGCUUCAGUGGGAAAGUCCCGAGGGAGAGCCAAUGGCCUGGUCUGGUGUCUGGGACCUGGUGGGUCCCUCGCAGCCAGCAGCAGCAGAGUUCAGGCGGGUGCUGCUCCCACCUGCUGCAGGAGAGAGCAGAGGAGCCUCUCCAGAGGGCUGCGAGCAGCCUGCCCACCGUGGUGCCAGCUAGGAGGCUCUCCCUGCACUCCUGGCGCCGCCGAGGCACUGAGCACCCUGGCACCCAGGACAGCUGGGAAGGGAGGGCUGGCUCAGACCCUCUCUUUUCUGCCACACUUCUGCCUCUCCGGCUGCCUGGUGCUGGGCAGGCUGGUCGGACAGGCCUGGAGAUCCUGGUUGUGUGGUUUGUCCCACACAUGGCAGCCUUUCCUUUUCUCAGCUUCUCUGAAAGUUCCUGUGAAGGCAGAAGGUGAGUUUGUCUCUCCUUUGGCCUUCCAGGUGAAGAGCUAAUGGGAAUUGUCAGCAAGGGUGGACUCACAGGAUGUGAUGUGGCCUUUGCUUAUUCCAAAUUACUGUAGUGUGUUCUUUCCCCGGGAGAUGCUGAGACUUAAUCAAAUGUGCUUGGCAUUUCAUUUCUUGCUCUAGAGGCUUUGUGGUGCCAUGCUCAUGAGGUACUAAUGAUGUCUCAAAGGGCAGAAAAUUAUUUCAGUUGGACACUAGGAAGUCAAGGCUGUGUUGUGCCCUGCAGGAGAAGUCUUAGAAGUGUAGGAAAUUAAAAGCAGUCUUUUAAGAGGACUCAGUGAUAGUCUGGUUUGGAUUUUGCUGAGUAGAGAACUUGUGUGAAAAUAAAUAGGAAAGAGCAGAGCUUCUACAUAUUUUUGAACAGAGCUAUUCCUGAUUUAAUUUUUCAAUUUAGAAUAUGUAUAUUGAUCAAACAUUAUAUGGAACCACAUCCUUGAAAAUAAAGGCAGUACUAUCCUUGGCAUCCACUGAGUUGUCCUGGGAAGAGUAGAUUUCCCUCUCUGCCUUUGCCAACUGCCUUUUGUCAUGACCUGGAUUCUCUUGACCAGCACAUGGGACUACCCAUGGGGCUGCUUAUUUCAGAAUGUCUCAGUCCAUUUAUGUAGUUUGUAACAAUUCUUACUCUUUGUGUCUGGAAACUCAGAUUUUUCUACCCCAAACAUUUUUUGAUUACUUCCUACUAUUCUGUCCGUAUUAACAGCUUUUUUCGGGUUAAGCCUGAGAAUGUUUUUUCCUUUUAUGCAGCCACCAGAUACAACGUGUCCUCAGUCAGUACACAUUCUCUGAGAUGUUGGCUUCUACACUUCUUGUCUCGAGAAAUAAAUUUCCUUGGCUCAAAGGUGUUUGGUGAAUAUAUAUGUGUGUAUAUAUAUAUAUAUGUAUAUAUAUGUAUAUAUAUAUAUAUAUUUCCUGUAGGAGAUCAGAAUAGAUGACAAAAAUAUUUCCGUUUGCUCCAGUCUCAAGUACUUGUUGCACCAAGAAUUUUCUGCCAUGGCAAAAAUUGGCAAAGUAGUGGGACAAAGUGUAAUUGCAGCCCAGCACUCAACCAUUUUUAUCACUUCCUCAUUUUAAUCAACACAGGGAGAAGUGAAGACUGACAAUCUUUUCAAAUACCUCAGAAACAGAGCAUAUAGGGAAUUGUAAAAGACUGAAGAUUAAUCAUCUAUCCUGAUCUCUUCUAUUUCAUGCCUUGUGUGCUUCUGUUCCAUACAAAAACCAAGGGAGAGCAGAUUAGAAUUGUCAGGAACUAAUGGCACUGAUACUAAAGAAUGAGAGCGAUGAAAGUGACACUUCUGCAGCUGCUGCUGCUUCUGAGCUUUCAAGGGAAUUCAGAGCUUGUUGCACUGGAGACCAUCUAUUUUUUAGGAUAUCCUGACCCUUCAACUUCUAAGAACAUUCAUAUUUUCUAAAUGGUUGAGAAAGUGAAAUGUAGAAGGAAAGAGGCUAACUUCAGAGAUACUGAAAAAGCCUUCUUUACAUCAUUUCAAUUUAAAUUUUUAAUUAAAAAUUAAAUUUUAAUUUUUUCUUUGAGAAUUAUAGGCAAAACAAAAUGUAAUUCUUUAUUUUUCAAACAAAUUCAUUCCUGUUUUUGAAUAUAGAUAAUUUUGGCAAUGCGAAUAAAUUGCUAUAAAAUCAAUUAAGUCAGUGUCCUCUGAAAGAAAGAAAACCCAAACUCUGGCCAGUUUUUGAUUGAUUCCUGAAGGAGGGUUUCUUGUGAGUAAGCUGUAAUAGUCUAAACUAAGCCAAUAAAGGUAUGCAGGGGAAACAUAUCAGCUUCCUAGAAAUGUCAGUUCCAGCAUUGUCACUGACUGGUGGUGUGACCUGCUGAGCAAACACUGUGUUCUGAGGCUGUCACUGCUGGAGGAAACAGAAUCUCUAGACAUGGAGUGCAUCCCUGGCAGUAGUCACAGUCGACACUUGGUGCUAAACUGACUUCACAAGAACUAAAGAGAACUUUGCCUGUCAUCCAGUGCAGGGGCCCAUGCUGUCUUCCUCCUGUGAAAUCCUCUCACCACAGAACAUAAAAUUCUAUUAGGCUGUAAUUUUUGCCACCUUCCCUCUCUUUUUUAAUAUCGCUUCUUAAUUUGUACUGUUAGCUAUGCAUUCAUUAUGGCUCUGAUCCAGCAGAAAACUUAAAUAUGUGGGUAAAUUUAUAUGCUUAAGUCAUGCACUUAAAAAUAAUGCACAUAUGUAAGUAUGGGACUGAAUCCUGUCUGCAUUCAAAAAGGAAUUCCUUUAUCCAAAGAGUAUUUCUAUGGUGAGCUUUUCCUCGCAUGGAUUCAGUGAUAAUUGUAACCAGAAUAGCACAAAGUAGCACUUGAGUACUCUCCUGUGGCAUUCAGGUGUGUCUGCUUACAUAUCCAGCAAUGGAGGAAGGCUGUCAUUUUCAAGUAGAAUUCAAAUUCAAAAUAUUUUGUGGGAAUUUGUCUAAGAUUAAUUCUAGCUCUUCCUGCCAUUCACUUAUUUUAUGAAUUUCUGGCUGAACACCUGUGUGUUACAUGGGGAGAUAGUUUAAAUAAAGGUAUCUUUCUGACCUUAGAGCCAAUGAAAUUGCUCAAGUAAUGCUGUAGACUCAAGUUGUGCCCUUUCACAGGAUUUGGAUCUAGAGGUUCAGAUGACAAACUGUCAGUAUUCCACACAAACAGAGCAGAGGACUGCUUCAGAGAGCAUGUCUGGGACAGGGGUCAGCACCUUCUGCACUGUUCUUGCAGGUUUUCCCCCAAAAUGCCUGAAUAAUUGCUGCCUUACUACAUUUUUCUGUGCAUGUGAUACCACUUCGUGGUGUUAUAUUGAUAUAAAACUGAUGAUAAAUAGGUCCAAAGUGUCUUACUGCUGUUUUGUAGCCAGAUUCUUUGCCUCAUCAAUCAAUGCUGAGGCUGAAGAACUAGGCCAUACCUUGGGCUGGAAGUUAACAAGCUGGUGCUUUAGCGAGUGUGUGUGAACUAGGGAACAUCAAGUGCUUGUUUAGCUUUUAUUCACUCUAUUCACUGGUUAUUGCUACUAUUUUCAGAGAUCAAAGACAAAAAACUUCCUGAACAAGUUUAUCUUUUUCUGUUUUCUCAAUAAUGUGUCUUGUACAAUGGCUUAGGAGAUGCCAUGCUGCAUGCUUCGGAAUCUGGCUUCUGCCAGCUGAAGCUAUCCAGCUGUGGUUGCUUUCCAGGGCUUAAAACACCUGGUAGCAGAGAUUUACCUGGACCGUAAUAAUCAUUGCUUUGGACAGUGUUUUUGCUACUUGGAUAUUAAACCUGUAAUCAACACAUUUCACAUACUGGACUUGAUUUUUGGACACUUUCAUCUCUUUAGAGUGCUUAGAAAGUGAGCAGUCAACGUCACAGUGGUAGAUUUAUUCUUUGGCAGGGAAUUAGGGCUUUCUUCUUUUUUCUUUUAACAUCUUGUUUGACAAAUAACAGUUCAAAAGGAUUGCAUGUAAACACUGUCACAGAGUAGAGAUGUGGAACCUUCAGUGUGAGGACAGGGUAUUACCAGGGUUCACAUGAUUUGUCUUCUUUACACUGAGUAUCACUAAUACAUGUUACUGUGUGCCCAAAGGUUUGAAAGCCUACCUGAUCCUCAGGAAGGAAAUUUUUCCUGUAUCUUCCUCAUAAUUUAUUGUGUAAAUCAAGGAGGAAAGUUAACACUACCCAUGUCCUGUGGCCAUAUCCAUUACAUUAAACUGCAGUUAAUAACUAAAGUUAGUAACUUUAGCAGUCACCUUUCCAGUCCUUCAGUUAAGGUAUUUUUUUAUUAAUACAGCCUGUUAAACACAGACAUAACUCUGCAAUUUCAAAGUAGCUCCAAAGUUUUCUUGACUUCAAGUGUUACAGAACAGAUGCUUAUUUAUCCAGGUACCAUUCUACUGUUUUAAUUAUUGCAUUAUCCGUUGUGUGUAUUGUAUUUUUUUAUUUUUUCAACCUCAAAGCAGUUGUCACAAUGUUAUUCUGUAACAAUGUUAUGUUCAUUGUAUAGAAUAGAUGAAAAGCUGUGGAAUUAAUGAAGGGCUACAAAAACAUCCAAAACAUUGUUCACCUUGAGGAAGGGUGAGACAGCUUCAUAAUCUCUGGACAAAUGACUAAACAACACUGUGGUGCUAAUAGGUACUGAAGUAUUUUAUGAUGUAUCCACUAUGACUUAAAUGACAUAUUCAAGGCAUGUCAAUGAUGCAAGUGCAUGUGUUUCUGUUCCUGAAGUCUGGACUGCUCCGACAAAGACAGUGUUUGUAGUUCUUGGUGGGCCAAUUCCUGCCUAGCUCUUCUGUGGGAAAGUACUUUCAGGAGUCUGUGUAGGAUCUGGCCCAGCACUAACAGGUAAAGUAAAAGCUACACAGACCACAGAAGUCUUGUGUACAAUGUAUUGAGCCUGCUGUAGCAUGCUACUUUAUUUAGUUGCUUUGCUUAAGCAGGGGCUAAAAAUAAAUUCUAUAGUAAUGAUAAGAAACACUGGGCUAAAUUCUGGAACCACUUAACCAAGCAAUGUUAGCAAGGGUUUGAAUUGAGGAUUGAGAUCUGAAAUGUGAAUGUUCAUAGAAUAUUGGAAAGAGAGGGGCAGAAUAAGAGCAAAUUCUAUCUCUAGGAAUGGAAAAAGGCCAAACCUGGUUGACUUUGAAGUGAGCUAUGAUUUACAACAGAGGGAUUUGGUUUUACAAUCUUGAAGACAAAAUUUUUUCCCUUCCAUUUUGAAUUCUGAAUCAUAAUUUUUUUGUGUUACUGUACCUGGGCUGCUCAUGCAGGACAGGUGUCUGUAUUCUCAGUAGUACUGAAAGUACUAAUAGCACUAAUCACACUUCCAACUAACAAGCCAGAAAUUUUACCUCUGUAGCAAACUCCAUGUUGGAAAACUUGGAGGGAAAUUUCAAAACAAAACAAAAAAAUAGGUACAAAAUGAUCCAAAGCUCAGUUUCAGAACAAAAAAGAAAAUUUUGCAUCAGUGAGAUUGACGGUUGAGUGGAGGCUUUCCUGAAGGAAGGUUCCUGCUCUUUUCCCCAGCUGAGCACAUGGGAGUUUGGCCCCUGGCUGCAGUGCAUACCUCUACCAAAUGAUUUGUGCAGAACAGCAACAGUCUGGGUAGUAUAGUAGGAGCAUGGAGUGGGCACACUGCCUGUAACUGUUUAGUUUUUAAAAAACUCAUUAUUAAGCAAAUGUGUAGAGUAUUAAGGAAAUUUGUAGAGUAUGUCUGACCGUAUGAAUGUGUGGCUGCUGUGCUGUGGUAAAAAGAGAAUAAUUGGUUUAUGCUGGGUAUUUUUGCAUACUUUAGGCUCCUGUAUGUUUUUUUUUAAUUGAUAUUUAUUUCUCAGCAGAGCUUAGAAUAAUUUUAAAGUUGUAUAACCCAGGAUUUAAUGACAUCUACUGUCAGCAUCUGUUGUAAACAUGUGUUUACAAAACAAACUCUUGAAUACUUGAUACUUGGAAAUAAAAAAUAGCAUAUCAUGUUGA